AUGGUAAUGGUAUUGGUCCUGGUAUUGAUAUCGGUAUUAGUAUUGAUAUUGGUAUUGGUAUUAGUGUUGGUAUUGGUGUUGGUGAGGUAUUGGUAUUUGUAUUGGUAUUGUAUUGGUACUGGUAUUGGUAUUGGUAUUGGUGUAGGUAUUGGUAUUGUUAUUGGCAUUGGCAUUGGUAGUGGUAUUGGUAAUGGUGGUAAUGGUAUUGCUAUUGGUUUUGGUGUUGGUAUUGGUAAUGGUAUUGGCAAUGGUAAAAGUGAUAGUAAUGGUAAUUGUAAUAGCAAUAGCAAUAGUAAUGGGAUUGAUAGUUGUAAUGGUAGUGGCAACGGUAAUGGUAGUCGUAAUGGUAAUGGUAAUGGUUAUAGUAAUAUUUGUGGUAAUGGUAAUCUUUAUAUUAAUGGCAAUGGUAAUGGUAUAUUAUCGAAUAGUAAACAAAGCUAG